AUGGACGAUGCUACGCGUCCUAGCAUCUUUGAUUCAUCUGAUUCAUCAGAUGAACCAUCGCCGAAGCGAAGGCGCUCGAGGUCGCGAGACUCGGGCGCUAAUAGUGGUGUCGGUUCUCCUAUUGACACCACUUCACAGCGAGGUGCCAGUACUUCUGUCGGCACGUCGCAGGAAGAGCGGGACCGCAAUGUGUUGCGUCUCGCUCCAGAAAAGAAGGCAUGGAUGCCUCCCAAAUCAGUCAUGGAUCACUUGUCGGCGGCGACGAGUGAUCGUUAUCGAACACGAAUGUUCGAUUCGUCUAGGAUCCAUCACCUUGACCCCAGCGCGAAAAACUAUCGCGCUGAACAUGAAUUCUUCAUCGAUGCUUUCUUCAGACAUCGAUGGUACAGUGGGAACCACAAGCGUGAUGGUCCCUCACUACUUCAAGCGUGGAACGCCUACAUCCAUAACCUUGAGGAUGUAGGUCGUGACGCUUGGAACGACAAACUUAUCAAAGCUCGUGAUAAGUUUGAAAAGCGAACCCCGACAGGGAUUGACAACCUGAAAUCCCUUUACGACCGUGCCGGGAAGACUUUCUCCGGCGGUCCUUCUGCGGCACAGGAUGUGCCGCGUCGUACUGCUCAACCAGACCCAGUACGUCGAUCAUCAGUUGGAAGCGGGGCUCCCAAGAAUCCCAGGACGGGGGAUAGCCGCGCCACCGGACGAGAUAACUCGUCCGACGUCCGUUCACGUCGCGGUGGUUCAACAGCUGCUCAACUAGAUAGCGCUGGCCACCGCGAGAGUCCUCUAAUGGAGGUGGAGGAGGAGGAAAGACGCUCUCCACACGAUCAUGUGGAUCGGUGUGUUCCCGAGAGCUUCUUUGAUCGCGAAACGCAAGGGUUACGCGACGAUCUCGAACAUGAGCGGAAUAGGCGUCUCCAACUGGCGGACGCUGUCUCGAGGCAUCGAGAUGAGUUUGCCUUUGCUCAGCUUGAGAACGAGAGAUCUCUGACAUCUCUUCGUGACGAGCUAAGGGUAGCUCGUGGGAUUGCUGAUCGGUCUCGGGAUGAGAUAGCUGCUCUUCAGACCCUUGUUGAUGCCCACCAUCGGGAGCACAAGGCUCUCUGCGAGAUGCUUGAGCGCAAGGGCGUUCUUCAUCGGAAGAAGCAGCGUACUGAUGGUACGGCUUAA